AAAAAUUUCCCCCCCCCUUCUUUUUCUUUAAUCCUCUAAAAAAAUCUGUUAGAAAAAUCCCCUACAAUAUACGUAUCGGUGCGGGAAGAACAGUGGAGUAAUUUACUUUACACUCUUCGGCCUUCGAGCCACGCCACCUCUCUCUUUCUCUUUCUCUUUCUCUCUUUUUCAUACAUAGAUUUACUCAUAAUUUACAUACAUAUACUCAUUCGGUUCUGUGAAGAAAAGGAUCUGAUGAUAUCAGUACGACCUCCCCUUUUAAAGCACUCGUAGCAAAAUAUCCAUUUUUAUCUCCUUCCACUCGCUACACCCAAUUCAAUUUUUUCCCCUCUCAUUUUGCUGCAUGGCUAUGAAAAGCAAGACCCACCACAACGCCAAUGCCAAUGCCACUAACGACAACAAUGUCUACAACUGUGAGAGCUCCGAAAGUGCCACUAACAGUAACUCUCCCAGUCCCCCACCAUCACCUCGCCGUCACUCUACCAAUGGCACCUCUCACUGCCGCCGCCGUCUCCGAUCCAAAACCCACUCCUUCUCUCGCCAGGAUGCUCUCGCCGCCGCCGUCCUCACCCGCCGAAGUCUCCGUUAUCUGCUCCUCCUGCCCAUGUUGUACGUCUCUGGCCUCUUAAUGUGCGUCGGGCCCUUCUCCGGUCUUGUGGGUCACUCACCGCUUCCCGGCUCCGUCUACCGUAGCCACGAGAUCUUUCAGAAGCUCUGGGCUGAUAUUCAGGCUGACAAUUCUUCGGCUAUUGAGUUGUCAUCUGUCUGGAAGUACAAACGUCGGUUGAAAAUGCAAAAGCCUUGUCCAAAUUCAACUGCUGGAUUACGUUUUGCUAUGGAGGAAGUGUCCUCUGGACCUAGUGGUUACUUGAUUGUUGAGGCAAAUGGUGGUCUAAACCAACAGCGUUCUGCGAUAUGCAAUGCAGUGGCUGUUGCUGGACUUCUGAAUGCAAUUUUAGUUAUACCUCAAUUUGAGUUCAACAGUGUCUGGAAGGAUGCAAGGUAUAACUUAGUCACAUGUUUUUCAUAUUACCAAUUUUCAUUUAAAGGAUAUCCAACAUGCAAUACAGCAAAUACCCCAAGGGCUUGGUUUUGCUCCCAGGAUUCUUCCUUGGAUGUUAUCCAGUUCCUUGUUAGAACCGAGAAGAAAUUUGUACAACUUCUUGGUCUCGAUGAUUCUUUGAUACUAAAGACGGUCUUCUUGGCAGUGCUAUUAUUGCUCUUCAUGCACAUCAAGUUGUUGUCAGUUCCUUGUCAAGGUGUUGAAGUACUAAGUCAUCAUCAAGUCACUCUAACGCAAGUUGUUAAGUAUACUUUCUAUGAAGAGUUCUAG